UAUAGGCUUAGAUUCGUUAGCAAAAGGUCCAGAAUUGGGUGGAGUUUUAUUUUGUACAGCUAGGGUUUAUGAUAAGGGAUAAAUUAAACAGCUACUGUUUAUUUUGUACUGUACGAAUUUAUGGAUAAAUUAUAGCACUAUUAAUUUUUAUUUUGUGGAUAUAGCACUGUUAAUUUUUUAUUUUGUAAGCUAUUUUUUUCAAUAAAUGCCUCUAGUUCAGCCACCUGUGUAUAAUAAAAGGGUUGGUAGACCACCAAAAUCAAGGAGGAAGCAAUCACAUGAAGUACAGGGCAAGAAUGGAUCUAAAAUGUCUAGGCAUGGUGCCAUAAUGACAUGCAGCUGGUGCAAGGGGCAGCAUUACAACUCUGCAGGUUGUCCUCUCAAGAAGGUAGAAAUUAGGCCUAGUAUAGUGUUGGAAAAUCCUAUUGCUGCUGCUGAUGACCUUGAGGAUGAUGAACCAGCCAUCACACGGGACGUAGGACAGCCACAAGGAGGGGUACAAAGCCUUGGUGAAACCAUGCUUAGUCAACUGUUAGAUGAGGCAUCAAAAACUUGGAGCGUCUCACAAGAUAUUGCACCACUGCCAGAUUCGACCUUCAUCUCUCAAAACAGACCUGUGCAACGCCCUAUUCCAGUGACAACGGCCUCCAAAGCUGGCAAGGAAUUAUUGGGGAAGAAACGCAAGUCAAGGAAGCAAACCGAGGCUCCAACAGCAAGCAAGAAGUGAUGCCCUCAACAGCAAGGAAUAACAUUUUGUGAAUGUGCAUGAAAAAGUGUGUGAAUAUGUGAAAGAGAAACAAGCAUUUAGCAAGCCGUACUUGCUUUCAUUUUGGAUGGUACUUGCUUUCA